UCUGCUUUGAACUGCGAACUCUCUCACUCGAAGCUUAAACUAAUGGCAGACGCCUGAAAGCUCCAUUUCGAACCCUAUCCUUCUUCACUAGAUCCGAUUUUGAAAAAUGGAGAUAUCCGUAGGGUUACGGGUCUCCGCCGCAAUGACUCCAUUUCCGAAUAACAGUCUUCGCCGGAGCUCACAGCAUUUUCAUCUUCUUCCUCCUUCCAAGGUAGAUUAUAGUGCUUCUGAGGUUGUGCCUAUAAGGUCUCGUUCAGUACGUGAUGGCCAUAGUAUGCACUGCCACUCUGGAAAACCGCUGGGGGAAUAUAGAAUUUCCCCAAGUUCGUUGAGCCAGGAGUUUGAUGACUUCUUCCUUAAUGCCAUAAAUUUGAGCUUUUUUGAACGCUUAAACUUGGCUUGGAAGAUAAUGUUUCCAUCAUCACUGUCAAGGAGAAAGUCUAAUGCAAACAUUGCCAAGCAACGCCUGAAGAUGAUCCUUUUCUCUGAUCGUUGUGCAGUCAGUGAUGAGGCGAAGCAGAAGAUAGUAAGCAAUGUCGUUAGCACUCUCUCAGACUAUGUGGAGAUAGAAUCACAAGAUAAAGUUCAGCUGAAUGUGUCUAGAGAUCCAGAACUUGGGACAAUCUACUCUGUAAUGGUGCCAGUUCGCCGGGUGCGAUCAGAAUACCAAGAAGAUGAUCCAUCCGGAACAAUAACGAAUACUGAGUACAAAGAUAAUGGAGAAAACUCCAGUUCUGUCGACGUCAGGUUUGAUUUCUACAUUCCAACUGAUAAUUCCAGUCAUUUUAGUACAUGACAUUUCUACGUGCAUGUGCCCGAACCUGAAGAGGUGAAAAGGAUAAAGAGAUGAACUUGCAUGGCAACUAUUCAUUUUCCUAACGUUAGGUGCUGUUUUUUUACGGAUGGAUUGCUACUUGCUAUCUUUGUAUAUAUCUUAAUACUCCUAUUCUGAUGUUGAAGAAUUUGCUAAUCGCUGAUGACUGGUAUUCCACACUUUUUGCUUACAUUAUUCUGGUAAAUUAUUCUAAGUGUUUCCACUUGCCUAA